CCAAUCUCCACUGUUCUCUUCUGCUCUUCUCCCACCAUUUCUCGGCUUCAGGCCCUUCCCAGACACCACUAAUGUCGUCUCGUCUCAGCUCUCACGUUCAUGAAAACCAAUCGCCGGAUCUUACGCAAGAUCUAAAGCAAGAUGGGUGCGUCCAGAUCGCCAUCCCGCCCCGACCUCAUGAGCCAGAAUCGAUGCAAGCCGAUCCGGUGGAUUACAUGGCACGAGCGCAGUGGCUCCGCGCCGUGGUGCUCGGCGCCAACGACGGCCUCGUCUCCGUCGCCUCCUUGAUGGUGGGGGUGGGCGCGGUGGGCCAAAGCGCCAAGGCCAUGCUGGUGUCCGGCCUGGCCGGCCUCGUAGCGGGCGCCUGCAGCAUGGCCAUCGGCGAGUUCGUCUCCGUCUACGCGCAGUACGACAUCGAGGUGGCGGAGCGGGAGAGGCGACGCCAAGACUGCGGGAGCGAGGAGGAGGGGAGCCUGCCAAACCCACUGCUGGCGGCGGUGGCCUCGGCGCUGGCGUUCUCACUGGGGGCAGUGCUGCCUCUGUUGGCAGGAGGGUUCAUCAGGUCAUGGGGGGUCAGAGUUGGGGCGGUGUGUGCGGUGAGCAGCUUGGGCUUGGCUGGAUUUGGUGCAGCAGGAGCUGUGUUGGGUGGUGCUAAUGUGCCCAAUUCUGUACUCAGGCUGUUGUUCGGAGGCUGGUUGGCUAUGUUGGUCACUUAUGGUGUGCUGAGAGUCUUUGGGAUUGUAUUUGGCAUGCAUGUCUCCUCAGCUUAGGGUGGCAAGAAAACAAGGAGGAAAAGACAUGGUU